AUGAAUGAGUGGACUUGGUCCACAACGAUGUUCAGAUACCUGACAGCUGUCAGGGAUUGUGCUUUUGGGAUAAUGGGACCUAAAGUGUCCCAAGAAAACAUUGCCCACAUCAUAACCGGCCUUUGCUGCCCAGCAGUGCAUCCAGGUGCCAUAGCCUCUGUUGAGUGCAUAUUUGACGUGGUGGCAGAUAUCGCUUUUAUUGUUGAUCAGUCCAGCAAUAUCAGAUCCAAAAACUUCCAACUUCUAAGCUACUUUCUCAAGAACACCAUCAGAGGUCUCGAUGUAGGUGAGGGAAAGAUUAAAAUAGCUGUGGUCCUCUAUAGUGACUUCCCUCGAGCAGAUGUUUUCUUUAACACCUUCAAUGAUAUGACUGACAUCCUGCGCUACAUCAGCAGCAUACCACAUGAUCGUGGUAAAACAUACACUGGAGCUGCUCUCAAGUUUGCCAAAGAGCAUGUGUUCACCAAAGCAAGAGGCAGCAGAAGAGAUCAGCAUGUUCAGCAGGUUGCUGUUGUUAUCACUGAUGGAAAGUCAACAGAUAAUGUGGCCAGUGCUGCAGCAGCAUUGCGGCGAUCUGGCAUCACUGUAUUUGCGCUUGGUAUCAAAGACACCGACGAGGAUGACUUGAGAGAGAUUGCAUCCUAUCCACAUAAGAAGUUUGUAUUCAGUGUUGAAGGCUUUGAUAAACUAAAUUCACUUUCAAAUAUUUUAACCAAAACACUUUGCAAUGAAAUCACAGAUUCCAUCAUACCUGCAGCCUUACAGAGCUUUGUGUUACAAGAUUGCAAGAAAACAAUAAAAGCUGACAUAUAUUUUCUUCUGGAUGAAUCAGAAAGCAUAUCCUAUAAAGAAUUUGAUGAUAUGAAGAACUUUAUUAAGAAAUUGCUUGAAGCAUUCGAGGUUGGAAAUAACCAUGUGCGCUUUGGGUUGGUGAAGUUUGCAAGUCGUGCAACCACAGUUUUCCGAUUACAUGACUAUAACACAAAUGCUGAUAUCAGAAAGGCAGUGAAUGUCCUCAAAAUUGAGGGAGGGGGCACCAGGACUGAUCUGGGAUUGAGAGAAAUGAUCCCACUAUUUGAAGAAGCAGUACGAACACGUGGGGAAAAGGUUCAUAAGCUCCUGAUUGUCAUCACAGAUGGCGAGUCAAGAGGGACAGAAGAGUACUAUAACACAAAUGCUGAUAUCAGAAAGGCAGUGAAUGUCCUCAAAAUUGAGGGAGGGGGCACCAGGACUGAUCUGGGAUUGAGAGAAAUGAUCCCACUAUUUGAAGAAGCAGUACGAACACGUGAGGAAAAGGUUCAUAAGCUCCUGAUUGUCAUCACAGAUGGCGAGUCAAGGGGGACAGAAGAGUCGGUAGAAGUCCCUGCUAAACUUCUGAGAACAGAACAGAAUGUCAGUAUUUAUGCUAUUGGUGUGAAAUAUGCAUCUGUGCCAGAGCUGGAAUUAAUAUCUGGCAGCCCACAAAGAAUAUUUUAUGUGAAAAACUAUGAUUUCCUUGAUGAAAUCAAGAAAGACAUUAUUACAGAAAUAUGUACCUUUGAAGGUGAGAUAUUCAGCUAA